UGUGAAUUGCACUGUGGUAGCUUGUUCAGUAGAAACGUUUCAGUACGUUAUGUGCUACAAGGAGGAUAGGUAGCUGCUGCUUUCAGUUCUUUUGCAGGUGACCCACACACCAUGCACGUACCAGCUCCUGCUCACAGUACCACCUUCAGCUGAGUCUCCCCUCAGCUUGAGCUCCAGUGUCCUCCCUCCAUCACCAUGGAUCUUGACCAGCAAACCAGCCCUCUUACCCAGCCCAGUGCAGAAUACUUCCAAUGGGACUAUCGCCUCAAACUCAUUGGCCUGGGAUUUGGCUUCUAUUCAGCAAUAUUCUUCCUGUCUCAUCUCCUGUCUGUGGUUCUGUGCCGCACCUACAACUCUCUGCCAGCUAAGGAGAAAGUCUUCUGGAACCUUGCAGCCACUCGGGCAGCGUUUGGCAUCCAGAGUACUGUAGUCGGUCUUCGGGCCCUGACUGAGGACUCUCUGUUAACCAGAGACAGAGUGAGAGGCCAAGAAGACUGGUCGUGGUUUAAUGUCCUCACAGCCACGGGUUUCUUCGUCUUUGAGAAUGUAGCAUUUCACGCCUCCAGUGUGGUAUUUUGGUCAUUUGACCUCCCACUGGCGACGCACCACUUCUUCGCCCUUUCAGGAUAUGCAGGGGCAGUGGUGUGGGAUUCCCUGGGCCACUUCCUGCCAAUGGUUACGCUGCUGCUGGAAAUGAGCACACCGUUUACCUGUAUAUCCUGGAUGUUACUGAAGGCUGGCUGGGCACGCACCCUGAUCUGGAAAGCCAACCAGUGGGUGAUGAUCCACAUGUUCCACUGUCGCAUGGUGCUCACCUACUACAUGUGGUGGGUAACCUUGACCCACUGGGGAGAGAUCAACACCCACGUGGCCCUACCCCAACGCCUGCUCUUCUUCACAGGCCUCGCUCUGCUGACGCUUAUCAUCAACCCCAUCUGGACGCACAAAAAGACCAUGCAGCUGCUCAACCCUGUGGACUGGAACUUUGGCAACAAGCCGGCUCCCCGAAACAGUAACGCUGAGGGCCAGUCUGGGGUUUCUGUCAAACCUCACACCAGCUGAGGGAUACCAAAGAGGUCAUUUCUUAUCUUACUGAUGUCAUAUUUUAUUUUAUUUUCUUGUUUUUCUUUUGUAAUGGAUAUUUGAAGUGACUUUUAGCUUGAUAAGAUGGAUAUUUUUAAGAUUUAUUCUGUUAGAUUAAGACUUUUUUUUACACAUUCUAAAUCCCCGGUCUGGUACCGCCUCGAUAAAUGUUACUGCAUUGCCCGCCAUAAGGCUUUUCUUUCAGGCAGUUUUCAUGUAGGUUUAUUUUUGUUUAUUUUAAGGAAAGAAUAUUUAUUUUCCAUCUGGUUAGCUCUCAAUAGGUAGGUGUGGCUGUUUAGGGCAGUGGAAAGAGGCUCCACUUGUUUGUGUUGUGUCAUAAGAUUGGUUAAUUAUUCACAGAAGGAAAAAUAGCUGAGAUAGCAGAUCUUGCAAGAGCGAGAUAUCAAGAUAUCUCAUAAAUCAUAUAUCAUAUAAAAUCAGCCCACAGAGCUAAUUACUUUCACUUACCAUAUUAAGUUGAAAGCAAUAAAUGUAAAACUAAUGCAAGAGUCACGCAACCUUUUGAAGCUGCUUUACACCUAGAGCACUUAGAGAUUUACAUCCUGUCAUGGUUGAGGAGGUAUUGAACUGCACAUCACUUUGUCAGCUGCUUCUGGAUUGCUGCUGUGGAUAGUGAAGUCCAGUUGUUCUGUCAGGUAAAAGAAGACUAGUAGCAACAUGUUGUAUGCUUGGGGAUAUGAUAUGAGGGAGACAGACGAGGUUAUGCUCUUUCUCAGUAAUCUUCAAACAACAAAGUCACGUCAAGAAUGUGGCAUUUUGUCAUCUGUAGCACAAAAGGUUCUUUUACAAAGGAAAUAGUUAUUUGGCACGCAUUGGUUAGCAUUCGCAAGAAAACUUAGUUAUGUUUAAAGAAUGAGGUUCUAAGAGUUAGUCAUUGGAGCUAUUCGAUACUAAGUGGAUAAUUAAAUCAGCCAAAUCAUGAGUCACAUUAGAGUUUUUUGAUGGUGCAUCCCGAAUCUUCUUUACUGGGGGAAGAAAGCUCAGGACUGGUUCACUUCACAAAGGCUCUAUUGUCCAAAACAGAGAUGUAAUGUGGCAAAAGUGAUGCAGUAUUGAGACAGAAUUACACUGCUACAGUUUGAUCAUGCCUGUUCCAAGGGUCAUCUGUGAAAAUAAUUUAAAUGAAGUGUUUUUUUAAUAAACGGUAUGCUUAUUUCUGCUUAUGGUAAGCCACAUCAGUAUUUCAGUAAGAUUUUUGUUUUGUGUUUUCUCCCCACAAUGGCUUCAUUGUAUGUGAAGCCUUGGCCUUGAGUGUUGCGUUUGUCUGUUGUCGUAUAUCUGGCACAGGAACUAUUCAUUCGGUUGUCCUUGCAAAUGCUGCAAACUUUCAGAUCUUCGUCUCUGACAUUUCUCAGUGUGUGGGCUGUAACAGUAUUUCUGCUGUAGAUCAUAUCUAAUUAUGUAAAUAACUCUAGACCUUUAGAUAUGUUUUUUUUUUUAAUGUUCUGUGCUUUUCACAACUUUGAAUCAACUGAAUUGACACAAAUAAUGAAAACUAUAUUAUUUGAGAGUAUUUUCAUCGGUUCAGUUAUAAACAAGGCGUAAAAAUAAUUAUUUAUUCUCUUACUGUAAGUUUGAUCUUAUUCUAAUGUUUACUACAAAAAUUACUAACAUCAUACAGUGUCAUAUUGAUAUGAUGCAUUUCAUGUGUUACAUCAGCAAAGAAAUACUGCACUGUCACAUUAUGGGGUUGGUUCCCUAAAAGCUCUGUGCCAUUCAGCAUCUUGGUCUGUGUUGUGUGUGUUUUAAUUAUUUGGAGUUUCAUAUUAAAGUGUUUGCUCACAUACAGCAUUAUGUCUACUGGUUUUGAGCAUGGUUUAUAAAGGCUUUGUAAGGGAGCAUCAGCCUGUAGGUGGCAGCAUGGGAAUAAUUAUCUCAUCAGUGUGUUUCCUAGUUUUUGCUGUGAGUACUCAUCCAUAAGUUUGACACAUUUUUUCCACUUCAAGAUUUAUUGUCAGCAAAGCUUCAACACAGCCUUUUGAAGAGGCUUAUUUUACGCACAGAUGCAGUGUUGAUUUUCUUUAUCGAUAACAGUUAAUAAAACCAA